AUGCCUGCGAGGAGCCCCAAGGGUUUUAGGUGGUUCUGGGAGAACGUCAGAGGCUCCUCCAUUAAUUCAAGAAAGGCCGAGGACGACAAGAACGUGGGUAAGGACGCGGUGGAUGGAGAGCGGGGGUCCCCACAGGAGGUGCCGGCAACCUCGGACCCCGCGCCGCCCCCGCGUCGGCCGCUCCCCGGCAACCCCGGCCGCUCCCUGCAGCUCGCCCACCCCGCCCCGGGCCCCGCGCCCCGCGCCCCGCGCCCCGCGCCCCGCCACUGCCCGACACUCCCCGCGGACUCACCGAGCGCCGCACUUCGCAGCUCGGCGUUUCCAGGUGUCGCCGCAGCCGGGCCGCUGCCGCCGCCGCCGCUGGUGGUAGGGCUCUGCCGCGCGCACCGGGUGUGCCCCCGGAACGUGCUGCUGAUCCUCGCGGAUGAUGGAGGCUUUGAGAGUGGCGCCUACAACAACAGCGCCAUCACCACCCCUCACCUGGAUGCCUUGGCCCGCCGCAGCCUGAUCUUCCGCAAUGCCUUCACCUCCGUCAGCAGCUGCUCUCCCAGCCGCGCCAGCCUCCUCACCGGCCUGCCCCAGCAUCAGAAUGGAAUGUAUGGCCUGCACCAGGGUGUCCACCACUUCAACUCCUUCGACGGAGUACAGAGCCUGCCGCUGCUGCUCCGCCGAGCUGGUGUUCGCACAGGAAUCAUUGGGAAGAAGCAUGUGGGGCCAGAGGCAGUGUACCCGUUUGACUUCGCGUACACGGAGGAGAACAGCUCUGUCCUCCAGGUGGGGCGGAACAUCACCAGAAUUAAGCUGCUGGUCCGGAAAUUCCUGCAGACUCAGGAUGACAGGCCUUUCUUCCUCUAUGUCGCCUUCCAUGACCCCCACCGCUGUGGGCACUCCCAGCCCCAGUACGGGACCUUCUGUGAGAAGUUUGGCAAUGGGGAGCGUGGCAUGGGGCGUAUCCCAGACUGGACCCCCCAGACUUAUGACCCGCAGGAUGUGCUGGUACCUUACUUUGUCCCUGACACCCCAGCAGCCCGAGCUGACCUGGCUGCUCAGUAUACCACCAUUGGCCGGAUGGACCAAGGGAUUGGACUCGUGCUUGAGGAGCUGCGUGGAGCAGGCGUCCUAAAUGACACCCUGGUGAUCUUCACAUCCGACAACGGGGUCCCCUUCCCCAGCGGCAGGACCAACCUGUACUGGCCGGGCAGUGCUGAACCCUUGCUAGUGUCAUCCCCAGAGCACCCGAAGCGCUGGGGCCAGGUCAGCGAGGCCUAUGUGAGCCUCCUAGAUCUCACGCCCACCAUCUUGGAUUGGUUCUCCAUCCCCUACCCCCACUAUGCCAUCUUUGGCUCGAAGACCGUCCAGCUCACUGGCCGGUCCCUCCUGCCGGCACUGGAGGUGGAGCCCGUCUGGACUACCGUCUUUGGCAGCCAGAGCCACCACGAGAUCACCAUGUCCUACCCCAUGCGUUCUGUGCAACACCAGAGCUUCCGCCUCGUGCACAACCUCAACUUUAAGAUGCCCUUUCCCAUCGACCAGGACUUCUACGUCUCGCCGACCUUUCAGGACCUCCUGAAUCGCACCAUGGCAGGCCAGCCCACGGGCUGGUACAAGGACCUCCAUCACUACUACUACCGGGAGCGCUGGGAGCUCUAUGACAAGAGCCAGGACCCCCACGAGACCCAGAACCUGGCCACUGACCCGCGCUAUGCCCAGGUUCUGGAACUGCUUCAGACCCAACUGGCCAAGUGGCAGUGGGAGACCCACGACCCCUGGGUGUGUGCUCCCGACGGUGUACUGGAGGAGAAGCUCUCUCCCCAGUGCCGGCCCCUCCACAAUGAGUUGUGAGAGCCCCUGGGGGCACCUGCUCCUCCCUUCCCACACCUGGUCCCUGUGCCCCAGCCUUUUCAGCUGAUGUAGAGGGAGGGGCCAGCCUUGAGGGGGCAGAGACCACAGCCCUUCCCUCUGUAUCCCAUCCCAGGAAGGCUCUCCUUGACGCUGGUAUCAUUCCUGCCUCUGUCUGGACUGGAGAGCAAGGUGUGUGCCCCGGCCCCUUGCCUCACCCAUGGUAGGAGACACCACUGACCUUGAGUCUGAGCCAUGUCCUGGCACAGGAAUUCCAAGGGGACCCUGGGGCGGGGCAGGAUCUCCAGCCCGUGACAGGUGAGGAUGGCCUGGGCAAGGGGGUCUUGUUUUCUGGGUCGGGUUGGGGACCUGCAGAUACAAGGGGCUGGGACCUGGCCUUGAGACUCUCUUCAUUGUUUGGAACCCACAGGUGAUCCUGCGCCAUUCACCCAUAGAGGAGACGGGGCUUCUGUGCCAUGGGGCUGGAGGGUGGGUCCAAACCACACUCCACGUGGGACACAGUAUCUGGCUUUUCUCAUCCUCUGGUCUUGAGGAAACCUUUGGACAGCCCUUGGGCCUGUUGGGCUUCCUGCGCUUUGCCCACGGUCGAGUUCCUGACCACCAGGCUGGGUUUCCACUAGGCCACUGAUUUGUGGCAGGCUCCGAGUGAUGAGUUUCGUCCUGUGGUCUAUACAGGCAAAGCUCAUCCUUCUUUUUGAGUGUCCACGGGUGAAGAUGCCCCGUCCUCUGGCUUGGGUCUGUGGCACAAAUGCUGCUUGUGGAAUAUCCGGAUCUGCCUGCCUCCGUCCACCCCAGGAGCAGAAGCUCUGCCUGGGAAAACCCAGAAAGAGGGGGCGUUUUCCCUCGAUGGGCUCCUGUCGUCCUUCCCUCCCCCAUCAACUCCAUCCUGGGGAGAGAGCUACAGGCCAGAGCACUGGAAAAGCUUUCUAUUUUAGUAAAAUAUACAGAAGUUCA